CAUCUCUAAAAUCUUUUAUAUUUUUGUUUGGCUUUCGGUGGUGUAGCAAAGCAUAAGCUCGUCUCUCUCUUUACAGAUAUAUUGUAUUAUUCGUUCAGAAUCUUUUUGCUUUUUUUUUUUUUUUCUUCGAAGCAAGCGCGCGGAAGUUCAUCCUUAAUGGCGGGUCGUGGAAAAACUCUAGGAUCUGGAGCCGCGAAGAAGGCUACGUCUCGGAGCAGCAAGGCCGGUCUUCAAUUUCCGGUCGGUCGUAUCGCUCGUUUCUUGAAAGCCGGAAAAUAUGCCGAACGAGUUGGUGCCGGAGCUCCGGUCUACCUUGCCGCUGUCCUUGAAUACCUAGCGGCUGAGGUUUUGGAAUUGGCUGGAAAUGCUGCAAGAGACAACAAGAAGACUAGGAUAGUGCCGCGCCACAUUCAGCUUGCCGUGAGAAACGACGAAGAGCUGAGCAAGCUUCUCGGAGAUGUGACAAUUGCAAAUGGCGGUGUGAUGCCCAACAUCCACAACCUUCUUCUCCCAAAGAAGACCGGAGGCUCAUCAAAGGCCUCAGGAGCUGACGAUGAUUCUUAGAUUUCAGGGACUAGAAAAGAAAAGAAAAAAGAAAAAUUAUUGGGAAAAUGUUAAAACUUUCACGGGUUGGGUCAAAGGGUUGCAUUUGGUAUUAAAAAUUUUUAGUUUCAUUUACCAUGUUUAGGGAUAAAUUAGGGUAUGUGUUUCUGCUUUUGGAAAUGUAGUUGGGGUAGUUAGGUUUUCAAGUAGUGAUUGUGAAUAUAAUCAUCUCCUAUUAUUAGUUUCCAUAUUGUGAUUUUUAUUUUUAUUUUUUGUAUUUUUUCCUUUCCAUUUCAUCUGUAUUUUUGCCUCUGAAUUUUCCAUUUGGGUUUUAAUUACAAAAUGACACUGCUGCGAAGUUUAUGGUUUA